AUGUCUCGCCUCCUCCGCCUCCGCCCCCUCCUAAACCUCACCCACGGCAAACCCUCAACCUCAAUCCCGGCCCGCCUCUCCUCAACCUCAGCCUUCUCCCGCGGUCCCGCGCCCCCUCGCCUCCCAGCAGACCAACAAGCCGAAUUCGAGCGUCUCCAGCGCCAGGCCUCCGUCUCGAGCGCCUUCCAACACCUCGUCGAAGAGCAAUCUGAACCUCCCGCCGACGCCUCAUCUACCUCUGCCGACUCACCCCCCUCCUCAGUCGCAGCCGAAGCUACCACAACAGCAACGGCGACCGAACCUGCUACCACUGCGACCGCGACCCCCACGAUCGCAGCAACGGACGAAGACACAAUGCACCCAAACUACGUCCGCGGCGCCCCCGCAGAGUUCGAGGGCGACGUCAACCCGCGCACCGGCGAGGUCGGCGGGCCCAAGCGGGAGCCCCUUCGUUGGGGGUCUGGUGGUGAUUGGAGCUACAACGGUCGCGUGACGGAUUUCUAG